UUAAGAUGGAUAGAGACAGAAGAGAGCAUUGCCAACAAGAAUGGGGAGGAGUUGCAUUAUCUUAUUCUUGACAUGGGUGGAGUAACAACCAUCGAUAAUACUGGGAUUGGCAUGCUACAAGAGGUCUACAGGAACCUUGAGAGAAGACAGAUCAGGGUGGUGUUAGCAAAUCCCAGGCUGCAGGUUGCAGAGAAGUUGGUAUUGGCAAAGUACAUUGAACUGAUAGGAGAAGAGUGGGUCUUUCUUUCGGUGAAUGAGGCAGUCUCUGCAUGCCAUUUUUCCCUACAGGAAUCAAGGACCAUAGAUCCAUAAGGCUUCUUACUCGUAUCAAAAGGAUGAUUCUUAUGCAAAUAACACCAUCACUCUGUAUUGUGAUAAAACUAACACAUCAGGAUAGCAGUAAAAGUGUAUCAGUGUAUGACAUUUCUCCAAUUGUUGUUCAAAUUUUGGUGGGUGAUUCA